AAAACUGUCGAACAGCUCGAGCGGAGUGAAGUCCCUUCCCUUCAGCUCAGCAGGCCCGCAAUGGACGACUACGACGAGUUCGGCAACUACAUUGGUGCCGAUCUGUCAGGCUCAGAGAGCGACGAUGAGCUCGCGCAGUCUGGCAGCCGGACAGCAGGAGCUCCAGGAGGAGCAGCUUACUUGUCUGAUGAGGAUGGAGCGGAUGAAGACCUUGCCAUGCGAGAAGCGUCACCGGACGGUGGACCUGUUGAGCGAUCGGCACCCUCGAAUGCGAUCAUCUUGCACGAAGAGAAGAAGUACUACUCCACCGCGCAGGAGCUGUACGGCGAGGAUGUAGAGACGAUGGUGCAGGAGGAAGAUGCUCAGCCGCUCACUGAGCCCAUCAUUGCGCCCAUCGUCAAGAAGAAGUUCAGAGUGCUCCACCAGCAGAAGACCGCCAGGCUGGCCUCUCAGUCGGCCGACAAGCAACAGCAACAGCAGCCAGAGACGAGAUUCGACAAAGACUUCUUGCUCGACCUUUCCACUUACCCCGAACUCAUCAGGAACGUCGCCGUCGUCGGUCAUCUCCAUCACGGCAAGACGAGUUUGCUCGACAUGCUCGUUCACGAGACUCACGUACUCGACUGGGACACCGACAAGCCCAUCCGCUAUACAGAUGCGCAUAUGCUCGAACAAUCUCGCAAGAUCUCCCUCACCUCGACCCCGAUCUCUCUUGUACUUCCUACUUCAAAAGGCAAAUCCUAUCUGCUCAACCUCAUCGACACACCCGGCCAUGUCAAUUUCCAGGACGAGGUGGCGGUGGCUGCCAGAGUAUGCGACGGCGCUCUGCUCGUCGUCGAUGCAGUCGAGGGUGCACUCGCCAACACAGAGACGAUCAUUCGUCAUCUCAUUGCAGAACGGAUACCCAUCACCCUCGUCAUCAACAAAGUCGAUCGACUCGUGCUCGAACUCCGUCUACCGCCAGCUGAUGCUUACUACAAGCUCAAGCAUACCAUCGAAGAAGUUAAUACGCUCAUAAGUGCCAUCGAUCCCAGUCCGGAGCUACGAGUCAGUCCGGAAAAGGGUAACGUCGCCUUUGCGUCGACCUCCAUGGGCUGGUGCUUCACCCUUCGGUCGUUCGCAAAGAUGUACGCCGAUACCUAUGGCGGUAUGGAUCUCGACUCAUUCGCAGAGCGACUUUGGGGCAAUAUCUACUACUCUCGCCAGACUCGCAAAUUCAGCAAGCGAUCUCAAGACGGCGAUCGUGCUUUCGUCCACUUCAUACUCGAGCCUCUGUACAAGCUCUAUACUCAGGUAUUGAGCUCAGAUACGGACAAGCUACGAGAUACACUGUACAACUUAGGCAUCACACUCAAGCCUGCGCUUUACAAGAUGGAUGUCAGGCCGCUCCUCAAGCUCGUUCUCAAUGCCUUCUUCGGUCCUGCUUCUGGCCUUAUCGACAUGAUCGUCCAACACGUACCCGAUCCUGCUUCUGCCGCUGCACGAAAGACGUCCGAUACGUAUACCGGUCCACUCGAAGGUCGACUGGCGCAGUCAAUGCUCUCUUGCGAUCCAGACGGUCCACUGAUCGUCCAGAUUGUCAAGCUCAUCCCGUCCGAGGACGCAGAGCAAUUUCAUGCCUUUGGGCGGGUGCUCAGUGGCACGGUUUCGCGAGGGCAACGUGUGAGAGUGUUGGGAGAAGGCUACACGCUCGAUGACGACGAAGACUCACGACUGGCCACCAUCGAGAACGUCUGGGUUUCGCAAGCUAGAUACUCCAUAGAAACAGACGGGAUGCAAGCGGGCAACUUUGUCUUGCUCGGCGGUGUGGAUGCCUCGAUCAGCAAAACAGCGACUAUCGUCGAUGCCGACAUCCAGGAAGAUCUCUAUAUCUUUAGACCGAUACGGCACAUGACCCAAUCCGUUCUCAAAGUUGCCGUUGAGCCAGUGCAUCCGUCCGAGCUACCAAAAAUGCUCGAAGGCCUGCGCAAAAUCAACAAGACCUAUCCGCUCGUAGAAACGCGCGUAGAAGAGUCAGGUGAACAUAUCAUACUGGGCACAGGCGAGCUCUACCUCGAUUGCGUCAUGCACGAUCUUCGAAUCAUGUUUGCCGGCAUAGAGAUCAAGAUAUCGGAUCCGGUCGUGCGAUUCUGCGAGACCGUCGUGGAUACCUCUGCACUCAAAUGCUAUGCCGAUACGCCGAAUAAGAAGAAUAAGCUGACGAUGAUUGCCGAGCCGAUGGAAAAAGGCAUCGCCGAAGCGAUAGAACACCGCAAAGUGACAAUGAAAAUGCCUGGUAAAGAGAUUGGUAAAUUCUUUCAAGGAAAUUUCAAUUGGGAUCUCCUCGCUUCGCGCUCGAUAUGGGCUUUCGGGCCUGAUGAGCAAGGUCCAAACAUUCUCAUGGACGACACAUUGCCUUCAGAAGUGGAUAAGAAGCUGCUCUUCAAUGUGCGCGACUCUAUCAAACAAGGUUUUCAGUGGGGGACACGAGAAGGUCCUCUUUGCGACGAACCGAUACGAAAUGUCAAAUUCAGGCUACUCGAUGCAACGCUGGCGACAGAGCCGAUACACCGUGGAGGCGGACAGAUUAUUCCAACAGCACGCCGUGUGUGCUACUCGUCAUUCCUUAUGGCCACACCGAGACUGCAGGAGCCCGUCUAUCGUGUCGAGAUCCAAUGUCCUGCAGAUUCAGUCUCGGCAGUCUACACUGUCCUCGCGCGAAGGAGAGGACAUGUCACGCGAGAUAUACCCAAGCCCGGCUCUUCGCUCUAUACAGUCCACGCGCUGUGUCCCGUCAUCGAUGCCAACGGGCUCGAGACUGAUAUUCGUACGAGUACGAAUGGGCAAGCGUUCUGCCAGCAAGAGUUUGACCAUUGGUCUAUCGUACCUGGUGAUCCGACGGACAAGUCCAUCAAGUUGCGACCGCUCGAGCCCAGUCCCGCACCUCAUCUUGCGCGCGACUUCUGUCUCAAAACGAGACGGCGGAAAGGUCUAGGCGACGACAUCGGGGUGAGCAAGUAUCUCGAGGCCGACAUGAUCCAAGCCAUCUCUGCGAGUAAUGAGGCUAUGGACCUGUUGUACUGAUUGCUCGAGAUGCAAGUCGCCCAAUCGUGGAUUGGCUCCAACGCG